AUGGAGGCGGGUUUUUUUCUCACUGUUGGAUGUUGCCGUUGGCUGUUGGCCGUGGGCAGGGGCGAUACACACGGUAUGACAUACGGUGUCCGCCCGGAGGCUGAGGUUAUCCCCGGAUUCCCCAGAUUCCGCUAUGGAGCUUGUAUGGAGCUUGUAAGGUCAAGCUUGUACGUUGUGUGCCGCUUCCACUUCCGCUUCCGCUUCGCGUCUAUUGUGGGAAGCGUCGAUACGACGACACGGCGACAUGGCUUACGCAGCCAAGCGGACUCCGGAGCCGGCGCGCGGCUGACGGUAUACGGGUUUUUGUAUUACUGCCCAGUUAAUCGAAUCGAAUCGGCCCAGGACGAGGACCAGGACCAGGCUGCUAAUACCUCCUCCUCCUCCUCCACCGUACCCUCCACCCUAUCUCUCUGCCCUCCCCCGUUAAGUGUCAAACGCGGCUGUGUACUUACACGCGGGGUACAUGGCUUGGUACUUGUAGCGAUUCCGCAGCGCGAGGCGGCUGUAUGCGAGUGCUCGAUUAAAUAA